UAGCCCCUAGAAACGGCGCGCCGCGAUUUAGCGAUUCAUUUUAAGUGAACAGUAAAUAGAAGAAACUUUGGUCAAAAACUUUUACAACGAAGUGGCGUGUCGAUGCUGUAUUCCUCACUGGAGACAUGGUGACAAGUUGAAGACCUAGAUUUCCCCACGUUUUAGUGAUAUUACACGGUACAAAUUGGGAUGGCGAAGACAACGCACAUCACGCAAGGAAGUUGGUUCCCCACCGGUUACUACGGUCACUUCAGGAGUAAAUCCAGAAAUGAUUUUGUCAACGAGUACAGACAACAAGCAAAACCGUCUCCCCCAGAAAAAUUCUGCAGAAAAUUACAGACACGUCCAACAGCUCACCAGUUUUCUCACCAUGACAACCGCUUUUCAUUUUUGAAUACGGUCACCUCUUUCCAAGAUGGUUUGGGCAAGAAAAAAGUUCAUCACCAAAGAACCGGCAAGUUCCAGCCAGACUUCAUAGCCUGGAUACCACAUGCAAAAGAAAUCAAGGAAGGUGGCCCUGUCGUUUCUGUCUACAGAGAGACUUUCAGGAACUCCGAGGCCAACCGAGUUCCUCAGAUCCUUGUUCCUGCCGUCACAAAACCCAAAAAGUGUCUCUCCGCAUCUGCCCCGGCUUUCCUCCAAACGCCUUACUCAGACCCACCAGAGAUGCUUCAGGAAAGAUCGGUCACGACGUACCAGUUCACUCACCGGCAUCAACAGCCCAAUCCGAGAGUAUACACAAACAUGAACACAGGGGAAGUCGACGAGAGCCCCGUCCCAUUACAGAAGUCAAACACCUACAUCAACCCCAGAAUAGAAUCUAUAUAUGACAGGCCCAAGUUGCAGGUAUCCAUGAGUCCACUCCGCAGGGCGCGAACUGGAUCGGCCCCACUUUUCCGCGCAAGCGUCGCGGACUGUUUGAAUUGGCACCGCCCCCAAACCGAAACAAUGGAGUUGAAUUUGGAGAGGCCCCGGCCGAAGACUGCCACUGGUGUAUUCCCUGAAGUCAAGGGAGCAGAGACUAACUCAGCAAGUCAGGGACAGCUGAGCCAGCCGCUUCAGCCCAGGCCCCCACAGACAACGGCAAAAGGCACAGUGUGCCAGUCUACUGCUUGGGGUACGGAGAGUCGGCCUGAGCUAAAUCAGUCCAGUACAGUCAGCAUGAACGCCAGUAUGGACACCAGACCGCUGGGUAAUGCUUCCACAGUGAAUGCAAGCUCUUCCUUCACACAAUCUGCCCCAGUUGAAGCCCCUAUGGCAGAAUGAAUCUAGUGGUUGGGUUUUAACACAUGUAGUAUGCACUCAUACAUUCCGUACAAGUUCUAAAAAGGAAGCUCUUAAACGAGAAAUCUUGCUGGUUGCAUCAGUAGUGCUUUGGUUGAGUCCAAUAUAACUCCUCACAACUCUAAACUCUAAUCUAAAGAUGGACGUUACCACUUCUGGUAAAUAUACGGGCAGACAAUUUUUGUCAGACAUUAGACCUGGGAAUAUGCACAAUUUCACAGAUGCACCAUGCACGGCCAUAUUUACUUGAAUUCCCUUUCUUGUGGAAGGAAAGUAUGCCAGACAGAAGGCCAAAACUCCCCAUCCCACGGGGGAGAUAAGGGCUUGAAUGAAAACAUGUUUAGCAAUUACAGUGAAUGUAAUCAAGUGUCAAGACAUUUAAUUUGGAUUUGUUUAAGCGCAGAUUUUACUUGACAACAGUGGUUGACUUGUGUUCCAAAUUUAACUGAAAUAUUUUUUCAUGUAGGUGUCUCCGUCCCUUGAUAAUUGGUACGGUCAAGGAUUUUUCUAAUCAUAUACAUGUAAUGACAUUUGCAGAUUGCCGCCUGGACUGUCACAUCAGGCAAUUUAUAUCAAGUUUUCAAAAGUAAUCGAUGUGUAUCUAAGAUGUUUCAUAAUGAAUACCUAUACAUAAGAUACUGAACACAUGACAUUACUACACAUUCCUUUUANUUUUGGACAAAAUGUGAUGGAGACAUUUUGAAAAACAAUCGGCUUUAUGUAAACUGAUACUUUUUGCCCAUAUUUUGCUAUCUACUGCACUCCUUAUUUUUGAGUAAUUUGCAGGAGUAAACAACAAUUUGUAAAUUGUAAAUUUGUAUUUUGGGUACUUGAAAAUUUUUGUAAAUAAUGGCAUUUUGUGUGAAGAUUUUGCUAAUAGUUACUUAAAAUGCAGGAAAAAGUUUCUAAUAUGAUAUAGAAUGGCUACAUCCUAUGAUGAAAGGGAAACACAGCUAUUUUGUAAUACCUUCAAAAUAUGAACCACAGAAACUAUCCAGUAAAAUCACUGGGUGCAACGAGAUUGUCUUUAUCAACUUCAUGUGUUUUGAUACAUUGUAGUUUGAUAGAACCCACUGUGUUUACUAUCAGUAUUCAGCUGUUAUGAACAGAUAUUGGUACAGAUUGUGCGAACUGAUGCACAUCUAAGUGUUCAGCCCAGUAUUUGAAAUUUCCAGUAAAGAACAAUUCUCAUAGAAUCAGGAUUUGGCACAGGGAAAAUUUAAAUUAUUAAAUACUGUUAAUGAGGCAGGGCUGUAAUCAAGUUUGCGUCAAGUCCAGUUACAAGACCAGUCACAAGUUUACAACAAUAAACAUUGACAAGGAAAUGCAUUUGUCUUCAAUCAUUUGAAUACCUUGCCAGGCUUCAGACUGAAGGGCUUGCGAUGGAUUUCUGGAGAUUUUUGAGGACAAGCAGUGGACUCGACUGCAGCCCUACAACACACACUGUUACUCAGAAUUCAGUGUGCAGUGUUAUAUUGUUAACCCAAGAAAAAUCUUAGAAAGUUUCCAUCUGUGAGCAGAAAGGACAACACCCAAUUUCUGUUAUCAACCAUUGCCCUAUGGGCAUAUUUUUAAAUAUGACGGAGCAUAACACAUUUAAUCCAAAGGUAUUGACACGUUUACUUCUCCUUUUACUACAGAGAAUUGUCUCAUUCUAGUCUGUGGAAAAACCACUCACACUCCGCAGUCGCACUUUGCAAGUAGUGGGCAACAGCAAAUGUAUAAUGAUACCUUAUGUUCGAAGUUGCUUGUCCCUUCAACUGUGUAACAUUUGCGCUGUCCAAAGUUACAAUCAUUGUAACUUAAUUCGCUUGUAGCCGGGUUUGCUUUUAUACAUUUAAAUUUUCAGAUUUUUUAUUUAAAAAAAGCAUUCCAUUUUUCUAUAAAUUAAUUCUAAUUUUGUAAGGGUGUGUGCUUAAAAAUAGAAUGUAAUUAAAUUAUGAGAGAAACAAGCUUUGAAA